AUGGCUCCCGCCUGCCAGAUCCUCCGCUGGGCCCUCGCCCUGGGGCUGGGCCUCGCGUUCAAGGUCACGCACACCUUCCGGUCUCAAGAUGAGUUCCUGUCCAGUCUGGAGAGCUAUGAGAUCGCCUUCCCCACCCGGGUGGACCACAACGGGGCACUUCUGGCCUUCUCCCCCCCCCCCCGGAGGCAGCGUCGGGGCACGGGGCCCCAAGCAGAAUCCCGCCUCUUCUACAAGGUGGCUGCACCCAGCACCCACUUCCUGCUGAACCUGACCCGCAGCCCCCGCCUCCUGGCGGGACACGUCUCCGUGGAGUACUGGACUCGAGAGGGCCUGGCCUGGCAGAGGGCCGCCCGGUCCCACUGCCUCUACGCCGGCCACCUGCAGGGCCAGGCCGGCAGCUCCCACGUGGCCAUCAGCACCUGUGGGGGCCUGCAUGGCCUGAUUGUGGCAGAUGAAGAAGAAUAUUUAAUCGAGCCCCUGCAAGGUGGGCCCCAGAGGCACCGGGGCCCAGAGGAUAGCGGCCCCCACGUGGUGUACAAGCGUUCCUCCCUGCGUCACCCCCACCUGGAUACAGCCUGUGGAGUCAGAGAUGAGAAACCGUGGAAAGGGCGGCCAUGGUGGCUGCGCACCCUGAAACCACCCCCUGCCCGGCCCCUCGGGAAUGAAACAGAGCGAGGCCAGCCAGGUCUGAAGCGCUCAGUCAGCCGGGAGCGCUACGUGGAGACCCUGGUGGUGGCUGACAAGAUGAUGGUGGCCUACCAUGGGCGCCGGGACGUCGAACAGUACGUGCUGGCCAUCAUGAACAUUGUUGCCAAACUUUUCCAGGACUCAAGUCUGGGAAACAUCGUUAAUAUCCUGGUAACACGCCUCAUCCUGCUUACAGAGGACCAGCCCACCCUGGAGAUCACUCACCAUGCCGGAAAGUCCCUGGACAGCUUCUGUAAGUGGCAAAAAUCCAUCGUGAACCGCAGCGGCCAUGGCAAUGCCAUUCCGGAGAACGGCGUGGCCAACCAUGACACAGCAGUGCUCAUCACGCGCUAUGACAUCUGCAUCUACAAGAACAAACCCUGCGGCACACUAGGCCUGGCCCCCGUGGGCGGGAUGUGUGAGCGCGAAAGAAGUUGUAGCAUCAAUGAGGACAUCGGCCUGGCCACGGCAUUCACCAUCGCCCAUGAGAUCGGACACACGUUUGGCAUGAACCAUGAUGGCGUGGGGAACAGCUGUGGGGCCCGUGGCCAAGACCCAGCGAAGCUCAUGGCCGCACACAUCACCAUGAAGACCAACCCAUUUGUGUGGUCCUCCUGCAGCCGUGACUACAUCACCAGCUUUCUGGACUCUGGCCUGGGGCUCUGCCUGAACAACCGGCCCCCCAGACAGGACUUCGUGUACCCCACCGUGGCCCCUGGCCAGGCCUACGAUGCAGAUGAACAGUGCCGCUUCCAGCAUGGAGUCAAAUCGCGUCAGUGUAAAUACGGGGAAGUCUGCAGCGAGUUGUGGUGUCUGAGCAAGAGCAACCGGUGCAUCACCAACAGCAUCCCGGCCGCCGAGGGCACGCUGUGCCAGACGCACACCAUCGACAAGGGGUGGUGCUAUAAGCGGGUCUGCGUCCCUUUCGGGUCGCGGCCCGAGGGCGUGGACGGCGCCUGGGGCCCGUGGACUCCGUGGGGCGACUGCAGCCGGACGUGCGGCGGCGGCGUGUCCUCCUCCAGCCGUCACUGCGACAGCCCCAGGCCGACGAUCGGAGGCAAGUACUGCCUGGGCGAGAGACGGCGGCACCGCUCCUGCAACACAGACGACUGUCCCCCAGGCUCCCAGGACUUCAGGGAAAUGCAGUGCUCCGAAUUUGACAGCGUUCCUUUCCGUGGAAAAUUCUAUACCUGGAAGACCUACCGAGGAGGGGGGGUGAAGGCCUGCUCACUCACGUGCCUAGCAGAAGGCUUCAACUUCUACACGGAGAGGGCGGCGGCCGUGGUGGAUGGGACACCCUGCCGCCCAGACACGGUGGACAUUUGUGUCAGCGGCGAGUGCAAGCACGUGGGCUGCGACCGGGUCCUGGGCUCUGACGUUCGGGAGGACAAGUGCCGAGUGUGUGGGGGUGACGGCAGUGCCUGCGAAACCAUCGAGGGGGUCUUCAGCCCAGCCUUGCUUGGGGCCGGGUACGAGGAUGUCGUCUGGAUCCCCAAAGGCUCCGUCCACAUUUUCAUCCAGGACCUGAACCUCUCCCUCAGUCACCUGGCCCUGAAGGGGGACCAGGAGUCUCUGCUGCUGGAGGGGCUGCCUGGGACCCCCCAGCCCCAUCGCCUGCCCCUGGCUGGGACCACCUUUCAGCUGCGACAAGGCCCGGAUCAGACCCAGAGCCUAGAAGCCCUGGGACCCAUAAAUGCAUCUCUCAUCGUCAUGGUGUUGGCCCGGACUGAGCUGCCCACCCUCCGAUACCGUUUCAACGCACCCAUUGCCCGCGACGCGCUGCCUCCCUACUCCUGGCAUUAUGCGCCCUGGACCAAGUGCUCAGCCCAGUGUGCAGGCGGUAGCCAGGUGCAGGCAGUGGAGUGCCGCAGUCAGCUGGACAGCUCAGCCGUGGCUCCCCACCACUGCAGCGCCCACAGCAAGCUGCCCAAGAGGCAGCGCGCCUGCAACACGGAGCCCUGCCCACCCGACUGGGUGGUAGGGAACUGGUCGCGCUGCAGCCGCAGCUGUGAUGCAGGCGUGCGCAGCCGCUCUGUCGUGUGCCAGCGCCGUGUGUCGGCCGCCGAGGAAAAGGCGCUGGACGACAGCGCGUGCCCGCAGCCGCGCCCGCCGGUGCUGGAGGCCUGCCACGGCCCCGCCUGCCCUCCGGAGUGGGCCGCCCUCGACUGGUCGGAGUGCACCCCCAGCUGCGGGCCGGGCCUUCGCCAUCGUGUGGUCCUUUGUAAGAGCGCAGACCAGCGCGCCACACUGCCUCCCGCGCACUGUGCGCCUGCAGCCAAGCCGCCUGCCACCAUGCGCUGCAACCUGCGCCGCUGCCCGCCCGCCCGCUGGGUGACUGGCGAGUGGGGUGAGUGCUCCGCACAGUGUGGCUUCGGGCAGCAACAGCGCCCCGUGCGCUGCUCUAGCCACACGGGGCAGCCGUCACGUGAGUGCGCCGAGGCGCUGCGGCCACCCGCCACGCAGCAGUGCGAGGCCAAGUGCGACAGCACGCCCGCCGGGGACAGCCUGGAAGAGUGCAAGGAUGUGAACAAGGUCGCCUACUGCCCCCUGGUGCUGAAAUUUCAGUUCUGCAGCCGAGCCUACUUCCGCCAGAUGUGCUGCAAAACCUGCCAUGGCCGCUAG